AUGGCCACUGUCAGCAAGGUAGCAUCAACGGAGUACCAGCUGAGGAAGUACCUCCUGCUGCUGGCCACUCUUGUGGCUACCGUGACAUACGUCGUGGGGCUCAACCUGCCGGGAGGAGUCUGGCAGGACACGCAAACCGACCACCCUGUCGGCGAUCCAAUCCUCCCGGACGCCUACCGCCGGCGAUACCUUGCAUUCUACUACUGCAACGCGACCGCCUUCGCCGCGUCGCUUGUGGUAUGCCUCCUCCUCCUCGUCCUGCACGAGCAGAGCUCGGGCAUUGCAGCUGUGCUGCGGACAGUGAUGGUGCUCGACUUGCUUGGCCUCAUGGGAGCCUAUGCUGCUGGUAGUUGCAGAGACAAGUUCACAACAAUCUACUCGGUAGUGAUCCUGUCCAUUGUGUUUGCGUAUAUUGUGAUCGCUUUCUUCGCCUUUGCCAUCGCCAAGUUGCACACUAAGACCAGCAUUGGUCUUGAGAAACGAGAUGAUGAGAGUGCCGAUGAGAAUAAGCACGAUGAAUUGCGUGAGGUCUUAAUGCUGCUCACAACUUUUGUAGUUACGAUCACAUAUGUGGCUGGGUUGAACCCGCCAGGUGGCUUCUGGGGUAACAACGAGAAUGGCAACCUUGUGGGGUUUCCGGUUCUACAGAAACACCACCCACAACGCUACCAGGCAUUCUUCAUCUGCAACACGACUGCAUUUGUUGCAUCCCUGCUCAUCAUCAUACUUCUGUUGGACAAGAAGUUGAGCAAGGAAAUCUCUCCACGGUUUGUUGCUCUCUAUGUGUUCGUCAUUAUAGCACUCUUUGGCCUUGUGGGGGCCUAUACCGCUGGAAGCUCUAGGGAGCAUGAUAAUACCACCUAUGUCAUUGGUCUGGGUAUUGCGGUUCUUGCAUGCAUCUUCCUGCAAGUGGCCUGUACUAAAGCCAUGCAUAAAGGCAUGAAGAAUAAGAGCUGUUGUAAAGUGCUCUUAGCUGCAUACAGUGUUGCCUCAAAAUGUGGACAAAGCAUAAAAAGUUUAUUCUUCAUCACUAAACAUGCGAGCAGGGGCACAGGGAAUGAUCAAGCACUCGAGAAGGCACGUGAUCUUGUAAUGCUGUUGGCAACUCUUGUUGCCAGCAUCACUUACCAAGCUGGACUAGAUCCACCAGGUGGCCUUUGGCAAGAUGAUGGCAAAAAUGGACAUAAGGCAGGCGAUUCGGUGCUCCUCGCAACACAGCCUACACGGUAUAAGGUGUUCUUUUACAGCAACUCGGCGGCUUUUGUGGUGUCCUUAGUUGUCAUCAUCAUGGUCGAAAGUAGAUUUCUGCUUCAGCGCCACACACUGGAAGCAGCAAUGCUGCUGGAUUUGUUCGGCCUCAUAUGUGCAUAUGCUGCAGGGAGCUGUAGGGAUGUGAGCACCUCCAUCUAUGUUGUCUCUUUGGCAGGUGUUGUGCUUGUUUAUGUGGUAAUCCACAUAGUAUUCUUCACACUAGAUCACGAAGAAAGCCCUGGAGAUAUUAAGGACAUGGAUCAUAAGCGUGAGGUUUUGCUACUCCUGGCAAUCCUGACAGCAACACUCACUUAUCAAGCUGGGUUGACCCCACCAGGAGGCUUCUGGUCAGCAGAUGAUGGGUCUGGACACUAUGCUGGCUUCCCGGUACUCCUUGACAACUACCCUUUGCGUUACAAGGCAUUCUUUUAUUGCAAUGCAGCGAGCUUCAUGGCGUCUGUGGUUCUGAUUCUUCUUCUGGUCAAUCCAAAUCUUUAUAGGCCGGGCAUACGUUGCUAUGCACUCUAUGUGUGCUCGGUGGUGGGCAUGUUUAGCCUUGUGGGUGCUUAUGUUGCUGGAAGCUCCAGGCAUCUACGCACCUCUAUAUAUGUUUUAGUGUUGGCUAUUGCAGUCUUUGCCUUUGUAACCAUACAGGUCUUUAUAUUCUUGUGCAAAAGGAGCCCAAAGCAACAACAGAGCUUCCAAAGGAAUGGGACCAUGGAUGUCAAGAUUCCUGACAAGAGAAGUCAUGGAUGUGCACAGAAAGGAGUUGAUAUCCAUGACAGCGGAAAUAAAUUCACAGCACAAGGUGGUGCCACAAAUGACGUGCUCUCUACACCAGGAGUUAGUGAAACAGGAGGGAAUUCAUCUGGGCAAGGAGACAUUGACAAAUCAACCGGCUCUAUUGGAUCUUCAAGAAACAAGGAGUUGCGUCUGUAUUUGAUGCUGUUAGGAAUCCUGGCUGCUAGUGUCACAUAUCAGGCUGGCCUGAAACCACCAGGAGGACUAUGGCCGGAUGAAAGAAAUGGACAUGAUACCGGCAGCUCAAUUCUCCAUGAAAGCAACAAACAUAGCCUAUCCAGUGAUGUCAUUCUUCCUCAACAGGCGAAGACAGCCAUCAGAAGAUGGGGCUCAGUGCGACAACAACAAUUGUAAGAAUUAUCAGACGAGUUAAUGUCCAGUUGGUGUUGGUGCGAAGGACACAACAAUGCUAAUAAUAGAGUAUUUGUCUGGUUUUCCUAUUAUUUUUUCCUCUGUGUGUGUUGUGUUUGUUCUAAUGUAUUGAAUUGUUAUGUAUACUAGUAUAAUGUAUUGUACAUUCUUUGGACAUAUUUAUUUUGGGUUUGUAAUAAUGAUGAUGGGAAAGAGAACC